GGAUCACCGUCUUUUUACACAGUACUUACACAAUCCAUUAAUGUCCCGUGAAAAAUACAGGUAACGAAUUAACCAUAAACCUGCGCCCCCAUUAAAUAUUCUUCUCAUUAUCUUCCAACUCCCUCUCCUAUUUUUUUUAUAAAAACCAAAUUUCAUUGCCUUGUUUUUCUGCUCAAUUCCAUAUUAUCUUUUUAAUUUUCCAAAACUAAAAAAAAUGGAAGGAGGACUAUCAGUAUCAACACCAAGCUUGUACAGUGGAUUAAAAUGUUACUGGAAGAGGAGGAGAAGAGGAGGGUAUGAGAGGCUAAACGGGUCGGGUUGGAGGAGGAAGAAUCGGGUUGGGUUGGGGAGAGGAAGGUUCUGGAAGAUAAAUCUAAAGCCGAGGCUGAAUCUGAAGCUCCGGCGAUUUUCGCCGAAGAAAUUGUUAUUGAAUAUGCGGGAUGCGUAUGUGAAUAUGAUGAUGAAGAUUGCUAAUUCGAGAUGUAUGAGUAGUGGGAUUGGUGGUGGAUUCGGAACGAGGCAAUUGAAAGAGUAUGAUGAGAAGAUGCUCGUCGAGAUUUACAAGUCCAUGAUUAUUGCGCAGGGACAGUUAGUUGCUCGCGAUGGUGUUGGUGUUACUGCUGGUGCUGUAAAAUUUGGCACUCCAAUUCUGUGCCAACGGUAAUUGACAAACAAUGGAGUUUGAGCAACAAUAGUGGAGUGGGGUAUACACUAAAAAGAUUACCCAAGGUCCUAACAAGAAAAGAAAAGAAUGGGGUAACAACUAUCCACAAAUCAAUAAAUAUAUAUAUUUUUUUCAUAUGGUGUCUGAUUUUGUAAAAUUUCAAAUAAGUUUGGUACGGAUUAUGUAUUUAUAUUUAAAAAGUUCCUUAGUUGAAAGAGUAUGAUGAGAAGGUGCUUGUGGAAAAUUACAAGUCCAUGAUUCCUCGAGAUGGUGUUACGUUGGUGCUGGUUUACAAAAUUUGGCACUCAAAUUAUGUGUCAACGAUAAGUCCAUAAUUUACAAACAACAAUAAUAACA